UUUGUUAUUAGUAAUCUUUAUUUUGAAUUUAGAUUAUUUAUAUAUGCUAGUAGAUUUUGAUGGAAACUAAACCAAAAUAUUCCAAAUAUGCGCUCAUAAAUCGUCAGAUUGAGCUUACCAAAUCUGGAUGUAUUUCUUCUUCAGAUUGCAAUGUUAACGUUAACAAUUCCAAUACACGUACUGACAAGCUAAUGGUGUUUCCUGGGUCGUCAAUAAAGAUUAUUGGGACUCCAGACGGUAAAGAAAGUGAGAAAUGUAUUGUACAGAUCUUAGAUUUCAAUACUUAUACAAAUACGCAAUUUUACGAAAUCAAGUCAAGCUAUUUGGUAAGAGUAGCAGACGACAUUUGGCCAUUUGUCAUCAGCAUUGCAAAUCUGGAAAGUCGAUUGCGUCUGGUGUGCAAUAAGGAGCAAUGCCUCUGGUUGACUACACUGAAGCUGAACGAUCUUGUCAGUGUGCAAGGCGAAUUGUUUAAAAAAGGCAAUUUGUGCUUUGAUUGUAUUGUGCGUUACAUUGGUCCAGUGGAGGAACUGAAUCCCGUUGGAUAUUUUUUUGGAUUGGAAAUUUUGCAUCUGAAUAGUGGACACUCGCCGCAGGCCAAGGACAUUCCAUUCGCAUCAAAAUACUUGAACUGCGAACCGCAUUUAUCAAUAUUUGCCACUGCGGAUUGGAUAGCUCCCGUCUCAGGUGAACUCAAACAUAAAUUAUCUGCAAAAAAGUUCAUGAAUGAUACUAUUGAACGAGUGUACACUGCCAUAUUGCCGGCAAACUUGAAUCUUCAUGCUCAGCGAAACGAUAACAAGUACAAGAAACGACAGCCCACCGCUCAGUUUUAUGAUAGUUUGCCAGGCAGAAGCGCAGAUAAACCGGAAGGCGAAAUAAUGACUGAGUCUAUCAAAACUGAUGAAAGGAUGCCCAUAAACGAAGUAAAUAAAUGUAAUAAUAAAGAACUUAAAACAUAUUUGAGCAAUUUUCCGGCAUCUUCGGAGCGAAAGAGCACAAAUCAAGCAAAAAGUGCGACAAGCCUUCGUAAAAAUAUUGCUAGCGAAAAAGAUCUAUUUGGUAUAAAAAAUAGAACGGAAUCAAGCGUUAAUGAAAGGGAUAUUAUUAUCAUAAAUAAAAGUGACAUUGAAGAGUCCACUAAGAAUGAGCAUAAUGUAUUCAUUGUUAAUAAUUCUCAGGAUAAAGAAAACGUGGACCUAGCCGAUUUGCUAGGCACGAAUUGGCCAACAAAUGCUGGAGGAGCUGGUAUGAUGUUAAACAGAACACAAUCAGUUGCGAAAACUUCUGACAAUAAAUUGGAAGCAUGUCCAUCAUCUAGUUUGACAUGUGAAAGUUUCUCCAAAAAUAAUGAAAAAUGUACGGACCUAUCUAGUUCACCCUUAGAUGUCAAAUCAAAUCUUGAGAAUUCAAACUACCAGCAAUUAUCUGAAAUACCUGGCACAAAGCUAACAAUCGGAUCUCUCGUUGAGGUUUCGGAUUCUGGACCUAGUGAUUUUUAUGGCGUAAUUCGUUGGAUCGGCAUUCCUCCAAAUUCAACAAACAUAAUGGUUGGCAUUGAAGUUGAAGAUGAUCCAAACUUAAGGAAUCUUAACACAUCUGAUGGAACUUUUAAUGGUGUUCGAUUAUUUAAAUGUCGUGAAGGUGGAGCUAUUUUUGUGCCGUCUAAUAAAUGUGCAAGUGACCAUAGAUUCGUCGAUACUGAGGGCAGCUGCUUAGUUGGCACGAUAUCACCUGACGUUAACGGAAUUAAAUUCGGCCACGUUGAUUGUCCAUCAGUGUUAGGCGCUGUUCCACCAUUGGGUGUGCAAAAUGUAGAUGAAUUAGAAGAGAUAUGCGGAAAAUUUAAAGGCAUUCAGGGACACCACAAUUCUUGCUAUUUGGAUGCAACGUUGUUCUCAAUGUUUACUUUUUCCAGUGUCUUUGAUUCCAUUUUAUAUAGAAGGCCCGACCCUCAGGAUAUUUCGCAUUAUAGGGCUGUUCAAAACGUUUUACGUGAUGAGAUAGUCAAUCCAUUGCGAAAGAAUGUUUUCGUUCGUGCUGAUCGUGUCAUGAAACUGCGUAAAUUUUUGGAUCAACUUAGUUCCGUAAGUGGUUUAACCAGCGAGGAAAAAGAUCCAGAAGAGUUUUUAAACAGUUUGUUAUCCCAAAUAAUGAAAGUGGAACCGUUUUUAAAACUAAGCUCUGGACAAGAUUCUUAUUUUUAUCAACUGUUUGUAGAGAAAGAUGAGCGAUUGACAUUUCCGACGGUGCAGCAACUUUUCGAACAAAGCUUUCACUCGUCCGAUAUAAAAUUGAAAGAAGUUCCAUCUUGUCUCAUAAUUCAAAUGCCUCGUUUUGGAAAGAGCUACAAAAUGUAUCCUCGAAUUUUACCAUCCCAAUUUCUGGAUAUUACAAAUAUAAUUGAAGAUUCACCCCGUGAGUGCACCGUUUGUGGAAACCUUGCCGAAUACGAAUGCCGCGAAUGUUUUGGUUCUUUGCAGGCAGGCUCUGGCCUUGAUUGCACAGCCUUUUGUCAAAAAUGCCUUAAUACAAUUCACAUGCAUGCAAAAAGAGCCAACCACAAAUCUAAAAAACUUUCUGUGCCAAGAGACUUUAAAGUAAUGGCCGAUCACAUGAUUCUACCAAGACUUUACAUGGAUCUAUUUGCCGUUGUAUGUAUAGAAACUUCGCAUUAUGUAGCAUUCGUGAAAGCAGGCUCGGGACCAGAUGCUCCAUGGUGCUUUUUUGAUUCAAUGGCAGAUAGAAAAGGUGAAAAAAACGGAUAUAAUAUACCUGAAAUGAUAUCCGUUCGAGAAUUGCCUAAGUGGUUAUCUGACGAGGGCGCCCGACACAUUAAUGAAAGGUCCGUGAAGGACAAAGACUUACCUGAGCACGCGAAGCGUCUGUUUUGCGACGCGUAUAUGUGUAUGUACCAAAGCACUGAUGUUAUGAUGUACCAUUAAUGAUUUUUUUUUUAAUUUUCAAAUAUAUUUUGAACCAAUAAAAAA